CCCUCCAUCUCCAUGUCUCUCCACGAUGGCAGGCGAGAUGUGGAUUCUCUCCGCAGACAGAUGAGGAGCGAGUACGGAGUAAGGAAACCCUGCCUAAGUGUCGUCAUUAGAGACAUUGGCGUGCGGAGCAAUCAAUGCGUCGAAGGGAAAAAAAACAUAUAAGAAGAGGACCCCAGAAGAUGCGCAACACAGAAAGUAGUAAUGAUUGCCAUAGUCAAUUGACGGACCUCUACUUUUGCUCUUCCUGAGGCUAUUCAUUUUACUGGUCGUCAUGAAGUUCUCCACCUUCACCCAGGUAGUCAGCCUCUCAUCACUGCUGCUUGGUGUCCAAGGUAUCUCUUUGGACCGGAACGAGGCGUGCAAGCCAUUUAAGCCCUUUCAGCCACUUCCUUCCAGUCACCCAAGGACCAAGACCUGCAAAGUCGAAGCCAAUGGCCAUGGACGCGAUGACUCUAACAACAUCCUCAAAGCGCUGAAGGAGUGCAACAAUGGCGGCAAGGUCGUCUUUGACAAAGACUUCUACACCAUCGGAACUGCCCUGGACAUGACCUGGUUGAAGCAUAUCGAUAUCGAGAUCCUCGGCCAUGUCCAAUUCACCAACGACACCGACUACUGGCAAGAGAACGGCUUUUUCCAAACCUACCAAAAUGCGACAACCUUCUUUGAGCUGGGAGGUGAAGACGUCAAUCUUUAUGGUACCGGGAUACUGGAUGGCAACGGCCAGGCCUGGUAUGACCUCUACGUGGAGAACGAGCUUAUCUUACGGCCCGUUCUUGUCGGUGUCAUUGGUCUGAAUGGAGGUACCAUUGGACCUCUGAAUCUUCGCGAUUCGCCUGAAUGGUUCCACUUUGUGGCCAACUCCUCUGAUGUUCUCUUCGACGGCAUCAACAUCGCUGCAAGCAGCACUAAUAGUUCAGUCGAGGUUAAGAAUACUGAUGGAUGGGAUGUUUAUCGCUCCACGAACAUUGUUAUCCAGAACUCCAUCAUCCAGAACCAGGACGACUGCGUUUCUUUCAAGCCGAACUCGACUGAUAUUCUUGUUCAAAACCUUUACUGCAACGGUUCCCACGGUAUUUCUGUGGGCUCUCUUGGACAGUAUGUCGGAGAAGUGGACAUUGUGGAGAAUGUCUACGUUUACAACAUCUCCAUGUAUAAUGCAGAGAACGGUGCUCGCAUCAAGGUCUGGCCUGGGAUCUCCUCUGAGCUUUCUGUCGACCUUCAGGGUGGCGGUGGAUCCGGUUACGUCAAAAACAUCACCUACGACACAUUCUACAGUUACAACGUUGAUUAUGCGAUCGAUGUCACCCAAUGCUAUGGCCAGGACAAUCUGACUCUGUGCAAUGACUAUCCUAGCAACCUUACUAUCUCCGACGUCCUCUUCUACAACUUCUCCGGAGAGACCUCAACCGCCUACGAGCCUAUUGUGGGAACGAUCGUUUGCUCCUCUCCUGAUGUCUGCUCGGACAUUAACGCCUACGACAUCAAUGUUGUGAGCCCGAUUGGAACCAAUGAGUUCCAGUGCGCAUAUGUGAACGAGACAACCCUGGCCGUCAACUGCACCGAGACUUAAAAGAAGAAGAAAUCGCGAGCCUUUGGUCAUAGUCAAAGCCGGACUAAGCCUACGCUACUAUCCGAAGAAUGAGUUGGGACUGUACAUAUCUUGAUUGUAAUUGAAUAAAUGGCAACUCCAUGUACGAUA